AUGGGCAUAAGGGAAUUUGAUAUAGCAGGAAACAGGUUAGUUAUACACGAGCUUGAAGACGUUUGUCAUCCGGUCACGGGUCGGGCACUCACCGGGUCGUGGAUCUGGGACUCGGCUCUGGUCCUUUCCCACUGGUUGUCAAAUCAGUCGCAAACCAAAUUCGACUUCACUGGUAAAACAGUGGUGGAACUCGGAGCCGGAGCGGGACUUCCAGGCUUGACCGCGGCUCGUCUUGGCGCCAGCCGAGUCAUCCUGACUGAUAUUGAGCCGUUGGUUCCGGGACUCAAGACAAACGUGGAAGCGAAUGGGCUGGGAGACCGAGUUUCGGUAAGUCAACACGUAUGGGGAUCGGACGAUUUUUGCAGUCUACUUGAUGAGUUAGGAGAGGUGGAUUUGGUGCUCAUAUCGGACGUGUUCUUCGACGCGGCUGAGAUGGAGGCGCUGGCGAAGACUCUGAAGAGGUUAUGCGGGAAAGGAGCUACAGUUUGGGCGGCGAGCGAGUUGAGGUCGAUGACUAGCGACUGCUUAAUUGAGUUGGCGAGCGAAGGGUUUGAAAUCGUUGAGUUGGCGACUCAACUCGGGGAGGAUUUUUCUGAUAAUUCAACGCGUGUAAAUUCGGAGGUUUUCGCCAUUUUUCAUCUGGUUCCAGUUAAUCAAGAGAAUGACAGUGAAAAAUGGUCGCCGAUUAUAUCAUGA